AUGCUUCAACGUUCAAUACCUGCAGAUUAUAUUCGUGAUGUAUUUAAUCGUUUUGGAAAUUUAAUUGAUGUUCGUAUGAUAAAUUCUCAAUUAUGUUAUGUUAUGUUCAGUGAUGAAAUUAGUGCUGAUACAGCUAUGGAAACAAUCAAUGGACAAGAAAUAGCAUUAGUUCGUAUAGGUAUUAUUGAAAGUGAUAAAUCUGUUGAUUCAACAACUGCUUCUGUUGUACAUUGA